UGCUGUGGGGCGGCCUGGACGCCCAGCUCGCCGAGCGCGGAGGCCAGGAGCUGCGCAGGGAAGCGGAGUGAGACUGUGCCAUGGACCCUGGAGACGAAGGGAGUGGACAGGCUGACACACCGUGGGAAGGCUGACACUCUUCUCUUCCCCAGGCAUUCCUGGAGAAGUAUGGAUAUCUCAAGGAGCAGGUCUCCAAAGACCUCACUUCAACAAGGUUCAGCAACGCCCUCAGGGAGUUCCAGUGGGUGUCCCAGCUGCCCAUCAGCGGCGUGCUGGACCCUGCCACCCUGCGCCAGAUGACGCGGCCCCGCUGUGGGGUUGCAGACACAGACAGUCAGGCAGCCUGGACGGAGAGGGUCAGUGCCUUGUUUGCUGGACGCCGGGCCAAAAUGCGGCGUAAGAAACGCUUUGCAAAGCAAGGCAGCAAGUGGUACAAGCAGCACCUCUCCUACCGCCUGGUGAACUGGCCACAGCACCUACCCGAGCCGGCCGUUCGCGGGGCCGUGCGAGCCGCCUUCCAGCUGUGGAGCAAUGUCUCAGCACUGGAGUUCUGGGAGGCCCCAGCCACAGUCCCCGCUGACAUCCGCCUCACCUUCUUCCAAGGGGACCACAACGACGGACUGGGCAACGCCUUUGAUGGCCCAGGGGGCGCCCUGGCCCACGCCUUCCUGCCCCGCCGUGGCGAAGCGCACUUCGACCGCGACGAGCGCUGGUCCCUGAGCCGCCGCCGCGGGCGCAACCUGUUCGUGGUGCUGGCGCACGAGAUCGGCCACACGCUCGGCCUGGCCCACUCGCCCGCGCCGCGCGCGCUCAUGGCGCCCUACUACAAGAGACUGGGCCGCGACGCGCUGCUCAGCUGGGACGACGUGCUGGCCGUGCAGGGCCUGUAUGGGAAGCCCCAGGGGGGCUCAGUGGCCAUCCCGCUCCCAGGAAAGCUAUUCACUGACUUCGAGGCCUGGAACCCCCACAGAACACAAGGAAGGCACGCUGAAAUCCAGGGUCCUAAAUAUUGCCAUGCUUUCUUCGAUGCCAUCACUGUAGAUGGGCAACAACGGCUGUACAUUUUUCAAGGAAGCCACUUCUGGGAGGUGACACCGAAUGGCAAUGUCUCCGAGCCACGCCCACUACAGGUGAGGUGGGCCGGGCUGCCCCCCCACAUUGAGGCCGCUGCAGUGUCACUGGAUGAUGGGGACUUCUACUUCUUCAAAGGGAGCCGAUGCUGGAGGUUCCGGGGCCCCAAGCCAAUGUGGGGUUCACCACAGCUGUGCCGGGCAGGGGGCCUGCCCCGCCACCCUGAUGCAGCCCUCUUCUUCCCUCCUCUGGGCCGAGUGAUCCUCUUCAAGGGUGCACGCUACUACGUGCUGGCCCGGGGUGGACUGCAGGUGGAGCCCUACUACCCCCGAGGCCUGCAGGACUGGGACGGUGUCCCUGAGGAGGUGAGUGGCGCCCUGCCUCGGCCCGACGGUUCCAUCAUCUUCUUCAGAGAUGACCGCUACUGGCGCCUUGAUCAGGCCAAACUGCAGGUGACGGACUCAGGCCGCUGGGCCACAGAGCUGCCCUGGAUGGGCUGCUGGCAUGCCAACUCCGGGGGUGCCCUAUUCUGAAGACACCCCACCUCUUAGUGAAUUGAUACCCUUAUGACCAACGUGUGUCCCCUGCCCCAGGGGCCAGCCCUGUCUUAGAAGCCUCUGAGCCUCCCUGCAGAAGACCAGGCCAUGUCUGCAUCUGUUCCUUGGAGAAGGUCUUUGUGCUCUCAAGACACUGAACUUUGUGGGAUCAAUCCAAGCAGAAGCCAAAAAGCAUCUUAGGCCCUAUGGCCUUUCCCCAAAGGACUCUCUUCUCUAGGCCUUGGGGAUUUUGUUUCUUCUGCCAAAAGUGCACUUCCUGUCCAUGAGGCCAAGGCACCGGGCAGGAUGUAAAACUCCAGGGAGACGUUGCUACCACUUGGCAACCUCUCCUUCCCCUCAGGACCUCCUGGCUCCGUUCUUGGAGAACUGUCUUAAAUGAGAGACCUCACCUCCAGGAAGCUUGGGUGGAGUUGGAAGAAGGAUUUCCAACCUCAGAGGACGUUGGGUGGGGGUCGGGGGGAUGGUUAGAACCCAGAACAAGAGGGAGACUGAUGCAAGCCUGCUGGGCUUGACUUUUGGUGGGGGGCAGGGAGUCUGGAAUAAAGAGGUGCUCCCAGCUUCUGGGCCUGGA